AUGCCGUAUCCCAGAAUUUCCAUAACAAUUGGCGCUGCGAGCAGGGUCUCUGCAAGUUCGAUUGGGGACACCUACGGACGCUGGUGGUGGCCGGCUCCAGGAUCCUCGGAUCCUCCUUUACCUCGACAGAAACCGUACGGGACGAGAGGACCAGCGCCGGGGGUGGAAACGAUUGACUUCACGAGAUCCAACGAACUCAAAAGGCUUUCAAUACUCGGCCUGAAUGACCUCUCCUCGACUGGGUAUCCUUCCCUCCCCCGGGGUACAACCCUGGCAAUCCGGUUGGCCCACCUCAACCACCUCCACCGCCACUACAAGCCCCAGCCAUGCAGUCCGUCAACUUCAAGCUCGCCACCCCCAUCAGCCCCAAGUAGAUGGGGACAACAGCGGGAUAAACAAUCCCGAUGGGGCAACACACCUCAGAUAAUGCCUUUCUCAACGGACUCACAGACACAGCGCAAGCUACGCAGAAUGAUGGCCGGUCACAAUACCGAGGGAGAGGCAGAAGAGGUUUUCCGAGGCAGAGGACGAGAAGUAAGACCUUCAUUUGACGAAAGAUGUUUCAAGUGUGGCAGUGUUGAGCAUUGGAUUAUGGGACUGCUCACAGAACACAGAGUGGAGGCAGAGAGGGACAGCAAGGACGGGGCCAUUCACAAUCAGACUGACCUACACCAGAUGGGGAGGAAGGGGCCCGAUCGAGCGAGACGGAAAUUCAGCCAGCAGCAUCUGAACAGGGAAGUGACACACACACACACACACACACACAUCCCAACUUCACUCAAUAGGAGCGGCUGGGGUGACUGUAAAGGAUAAGUUUUUGUAUCACUUCAGAGUGGAGAUAACGGUGAUGAUAGUCAUCCAUUUCCCACAUCAGUCAAACACAGUUUUCUUUUAUCAUCUGUCUGCCCAAUACAUUUACUGGGCAGAGAUCUGAUUCUCCAGUUCGGCUUGGACCUCAUUUUUCCACAAAUGAGGGUCUUAAAGUCCGGCAGCCAUCUCCUACGAUGGUUCAAAAACUGGCAUUUGAUGAUAAAGAACUGGUGAAUGUGUAUCAAUGGCUGCUGACAUAUCCUGAUUCUCAGGCGUUGUUGCGUUUGACUGAUCAACGUGUUUUUCCACCUGCUGUGUUCACGGAGGCUUCUCAUUUGCAUUGUACUGCUAACGUUGUUGAUGAUCCGUGUAA